AUGUACAACGCAAUCGGAUUACAAACGCCUCGUGGUUCGGGAUCUAACGGCUACAUCCAAUCCAACAAGUUCUCCGUGAGGCCGAAGACCGGCGAGGUUGUCUCCGACAAUAAAGGCUUCGAUUCCAGUCAUGACGGCACGGCUGGGUUCACCAGAAAGCCCAACAAAGACAUUCUCGAUCAUGAUCGCAAGCGCAAGAUCGAGCUGAAGCUCGUCACACUCGAAGAGAGACUCAAAGAUGAAGGAUACCCUGAUGCCGAGAUCGCCGAGAAGGUCGAGGACGCUCGGAAAACUCUCCAGGCCGCCUCGAACUGUAACGAUUCUGGAAAUUCGCAACUAAAGAAGAAAAAUUCUUGGUAA